AUGGAUGCACAGGAACUGCUUGAUGCAACGGACGACACAGACAGGGACAAGGCCUUCAAGAAUUUCUUGGAUGUGGCUGCAUCGACUCAAUCCUCUUCCGACCACAAAACUGCGGAGGAGCUUCGAGAUGCAGCUGCGGCGGUGGAUGAGCAUGGAAUCAUCUUGCCAAUGAAGCCGAAGUACUGCAUGUGCUGGUUCAUGGAAUUGGACGACAGCCGAAUGAGCCGCUGGUGCCUAGACACGGCACACCAAUAUGCAUCCGGAUCACGCGAGCUCCACCCUGGUGAUGGAGAGAUUCUGGAAACCCUAGAGGCCUGGCUGCCGGUGCAAAGAGAAAAUGACGAAAGUGCAAGAUUCCUUGCCAAGCUCCACCGACGGCGCUUUGAGGCGGCAAGGGCAGCUCACCCCUGGGAGACGGGCGUGCAGCUUGUAGAUGUGCUGACCACCAGCGACGGACUGGCCUUCGGGGUCGGCGUCUACAGCGGUGCCGUAGAGGUUUUGGCACUUUCGGCCUGCAGCAAGGUGGUGGGCCGGCCAGUGAAGAAAGUGCUGCCAGCUCUUCGAGCCUUGUACCCGGGACACAUCUACGUCCACGGCGGCUACGACGGCCAGCGCCGCCUGCUCUCCAUCGAGCGCUUGGCACCAUUUGGCGAUUGCUGGGAGCCACUUCCUCCGAUGUCUGAUCGACGAGCUGUAGUGGCAGCGGACGUAGUUGCCGGGAAGCUGUACGUAUGCGGCGGCUGGGACGGGGAGCACCGUCUUAGCCAAGUCGAGCGCUACAACAUCGCUGCCGGAUGUUGGGAGCAGUUGCCGCCGAUGCUCGAGAGGCGAAGUCAUCCUGCAGUAGCCACUCUUUGCGGCAAGCUCUAUGUUUCCGGUGGCUUUGACGGCGCGGAGAGUUUGAGCUCGGUCGAGUGCUUCGACCCUUCCACGGGUAGCUGGUGUUGUCUCCCGCAAAUGCAGGUGCGUCGAAGAAGGGCGAUUGCAGUCGUCAUGGCUGCGAAGCUCUACAUCUGUGGCGGCUUCGAUGGUGCGGGGCAGCUGAACUUUGCCGAGAGCUAUGACCCGCAGGAAAAGAGAUGGGACAUGCUCCCGCCGAUGCUUGCAAGGCGUGUUGUAAGUGCUGCGGAAGUUAUUUCCGGUAAGUUGUACGUUUUUGGCAGCGAGGAUGAUGCCCGAGUCGUCAGCUCUGUCGAAUGCUACGAUCCAAAGUGCUCGCUCUGGGAGGCGCUGCAACCGAUGCUCUCUCGUCGCGUUGGGGCUGCUGCGGCUUCCGUUGCGGGCUGCUUCUACGUCUGUGGGGGAUGGGAUGGACGUCAGCGUCUCGACUCAGCUGAGCGAUACAAUCCUGCCUCGGCUGUCUGGGAAGCUCUGCCACCCAUGAGCGAGAGGAGAGAUCGAGCUGCAAUCGCAACCAUCGCCGGACGGCUCUACGUCUGUGGAGGUUUCGAUGGUGAUGCCGAUCUCAGGACCGCAGAGUGCUUUGACCCCAGCUCUGGUCGCUGGCUGACCCUGCCACCUAUGCAAGAGAGGCGCUCCAGUGCCGUUGCGGUGGCGGCCCUCACCUAG